CGGCUCCGGGGUUUGAGCGGCGGCUCCGGGGAUUGAGCAGCGGCUCCGGGAAGAGCCGGCGGCGGCUCCCGGACAGAACGGCGGCUCCGGCAGCGCCCCGGGCUCCGGGGUCAUGGAGGAGCAGCAGCGGCGGGCGCUGCGGCGCGGACGGGCCCGGCUGGUGGGCGCGCUGCGGGUGGAGCCGCUCUGGGACCCGCUGGAGCAGCGCGGCCUCUUCACCCGGCCCAUGCUGGAGGAGCUGCAGAGCGCUGGCAGCCGAGGGGACCAAGCCCGGCAGCUGAUCAUYGACCUGGAGACUCGAGGGAAACAGGCUUUCCCUGUGUUCCUCUCCAUCCUGCGGGACACUGGGCAGGGUGACCUCGCAGAGAUGCUGCUCCAGGAGUGCAAAACCCAGCCGGUGCCAGCACAGCUGCCRGACCUGCGGCCCGUGGAGCUGGAGCUGCGGGAAGAAAAACAGCACAAAAAUGUGACCCCUCCUGAACGUUUGUCUAUCCCAGUCCAAGCUGAGAGCGAAAGACCUCGAAUACCUUCUGUGCCAGCCUGGGGUUCAGCUGCUGCCAAGAGGAGCCGUGACAUGGAUUAUGAGAUGAAAGCAGACCCCUGUGGACACUGCCUGAUCCUCAAUAAUGUCAACUUCUCCAGAGAGUCAGAUCUGUCGACCCGAGAAGGCUCUGACAUUGACUGUGAGAAGCUGGAGAGGCGUUUCAAGGCCUUGCGCUUCACUGUCCUGGUUCGGCGGGAUCUGAAAGCUCAGGAAAUGGUUUUGGAGCUGCUGAAGUUAUCACGACAGGACCACAGUGCUUUGGACUGCUGCAUCGUGGUCAUCCUUUCCCACGGCUGUCAGACGAGCCAUAUUCAGUUUCCUGGAGGCGUUUAUGGAACGGAUGGAAAACCCAUUCCUGUAGAAAAGAUUGUGAACUAUUUCAAUGGGUCCAAUUGCCCAAGUUUGAGAGGAAAACCCAAACUGUUCUUCAUCCAGGCCUGUGGUGGAGAGCAAAGGGAUCAAGGCUUUGUAGUGGAUUGUGAUUCACCCCAAGAUGAAGCUCCUGGGGGCCCUUUGGAAUCAGACGCGACCCCGUUUCAGGCUCCACCGGGUAACGUGGAUGAGCCCGAUGCCAUCACCUGUYUGCCCACACCCAGCGACAUCUUGGUUUCCUACUCAACUUUUCCAGGUUUUGUGUCCUGGAGGGAGAAGUCGACUGGCUCGUGGUAUGUGGAAACACUGGACAGUGUUCUGGAGCAAUACGCCCGUUCAGAAGACCUGCUGAACAUGUUACUGAGGGUAAAUGUCUUUUCUCACCUGCUGAACAUGUUACUGAGGGUGGCAAAUGCCGUCUCUGCCAAGGGGAGGUACAAGCAGAUCCCGGGAUGUUUCAAUUUCCUGCGUAAAAAAUUCUUCUUCCUGUGCAACUGACACAUGGGCUCCGAGCCCCCUGCCAAGUGCUGGAGAUGCUUCCAGUGGCUGAACGAAAUCUGUGCCCACCAUGGCUCGGUGACAGUGCUGUCAGGGGAUUUUCUCCGUGUGCCCAGAUGUUUGUCUGGAGAGAUGUGAUCUUUGAGCCCUGUCUUUGUUGUGGAGUAGAGAUGGGAUGGAGAUUGUGUUGUGCCGAUGGGAAAUGUUGUGGAUGUCCCUUUGCUGGAGCACAGAGCCAGAGGAGAGCACUUCUGGCUCAUCACAACACGGCCACGCUCGGCCUCAGAGUGUUUUUUUUGCUGAUCACGAUAUUUGUGUCCUGGGCUGCCCAGGUGACUGGUGGGAUCGGGAUCUGAUAUUCAAGUGGAAUGCAAUAAGUUUUGCAAUUGAUGUUUCUAAUAAAUGCAACUAAAAGGCAAA